UAUAUUUUUUUUUUUUAGAUAAAGCUAGUAGAUAAUAAGUAUGAAAUCAUAGAAAAUGCCGAUUACAAAGGCACCAAAACUUAAACAACCUUUAUGGAAAGAAUGGGAUUUCAAAGCACAGAAAAAAGGUCAACAUGGCACAGUAUAUUUAGUAAAUGGUGAUCAUUACACUGGUGAAUGGAAAAAUAAUCAGAAAAAUGGGAAGGGGACACAGUUUUGGAAGAAAUCUGGCUGUUAUUACGAUGGUGAUUGGAAAGAUAAUUUAAGAAAUGGGUUUGGUACGUAUAGCAAGCCAUUUAGCAGAGAUGGAUACAGAAAAGUUUAUGCAGGAGGUUGGAAGAAUGAUAAAAAGCAUGGUCAUGGUACGAACUAUUACACAUCCACUGAGUACUACGAGGGUGAGUGGUAUCAAAAUACUCGGAGUGGUUGGGGCAGGAUGUAUUAUGACAACGGAUGUGUCUACGAGGGUGAAUGGUUUAAUGACAAAAGAAACGGGUCUGGCAUGUUAAGACUUGAAAAUGAAAACAGGUACGAAGGAGAGUGGAAAGAUGAUAAAAAGCACGGUGAGGGGAAGUUCUACCACUUAGACAAAGGUCAAGUUUUUAUUGGGACAUGGGUUAACGACAUCGCUAAAUGUGGUAUAAUGGAGGAUUUUAAUCGGGAAACAGCAGCCGAUGGAACACAGUACCCAAUCCCAGAGUUAAAAUUACUGGAACCGAAGAAAGUGCUAAGCGACGCCACACAGGCUUUGGAAAGCUUUUAAAAAAGCUUUUGAAAAAAAACUUGUGAAUUUGUAAAUACAAAUGUUUAAUAGCGUGUUAAAAAUAAUUUAAUUUUGUAAAAAUAUAA